AUGACUAAGUUGCUAGCAUAUAUAUUUUGCAUUUUAGCCCUUGCGGCGCUAAGCAAAUCGAAACAACUAAAAACUGGCCCACGAGCAAUAGAAGAAUCAUCAACAUCAUCAAAUUCGUCACAGAAGUUUGAUAAGAGAUUUGUUACUCAAGAGUAUACAUUAUAUCUGACACCGCAAGAUAUUAAGAAUUUAAAAAAUGGCAAAGUAUCUGUGGACGCUCAAGUACAAAUCGACGCAGAAAAAGUUCGUCAACAAUCAGGUUUACAAAACUCUAAUCGAGAACAACAGUUAAACGCGUAUAAUCAAUACAACAAGAUUAACUCUCAAGUUGUACAACCCCAAGCUAAAUUUGGUGGACUUGUAUCGCGUAACGAUAAACAACAACAACAGAAAGAAAAUAAUGAAUACAACAAAGCUAUCUCACAAAUUGAAGAGGCCCAGACAGAACUUCGUGGACUUAAUCAACAACUGAAAGAAUAUAAUGAAUACUACAAAGCUAUCUCACAAAUAACAGAAUCUCAGCCAGAAUUUCGUGGUCUUCUUUCACGGAACAAUUUACAACAACAACUGAAAUCUCAGCCUGAACUUCGUGAACUUAAUCAACAACAACAACUAAGAGAAUAUAAUGAAUAUAACAAAGCUAUCUCACAAAUUGAAGAAUCUCAGCCAGAACUGCGUGGACUUUUGUCACGUAACAAUCAAGAACAACAGCUGAACGAAUAUAACAAAGCUAUCGCACAAAUUGAAGAAUCCCAGCCAGAACUUCGUGAAUUUCUAUCACGUAACAAUCAAGAACAACAGCUGAACGAAUAUAACAAAGCCAUCGCACAAAUUGAAGAAUCCGAGCCAGUGCUUCGUGAAUUUCUAUCACGUAACAACCAAGAACAACAGCUGAACGAAUAUAACAAAGCUAUCGCACAAAUUGCAGAAUCCCAUCCAGAACUUCGUGGAUAUCUAUCAAGCAGUAAUCAGCAACAAGAACUGAAAGAAUAUAAACAGUAUAACAAUAUUUUCUCACAAGUUGAAGAACCCCAGGCAGAAUUUCGUCCAAUUUUAUCGAAAGAUAAUCAACAACAACAACUGAAAAAAUAUAAUCAAUACAAUAAGAUUCCCUCAAAAACUGAAGAACCCCAGGUAGAACUUAGGGGACUUUUAUCACAUGACAAUCAACAAGAAAGACAACAACAACCUUUGAAAACCUACAAUCAAUACAACAAGAAAACCUCACAGGCUGAAGAACCCAAAGUAGAACUUCGUGGACUGUUAUCGCAUGACAAUCAACAACAGCAAAGGUUAAAAACAUAUAAUCAGUACAACAAGGUAAUCUCUCAAAUUCCAAAGGCUCAGGUCGAACCUCUAUCUCAGGACAAUCAACAAAAACAAUUAAAAACAUAUAAUCAAUACAAUAAGAUUUUCUCACAAGUUGAAGAACCACAGGCAAAUCGAGAAGUGCUAUCGCAAUAUUCAUUUUACCCUAAAACAACUUCUGAUAACCAACAAAUAAAUUAUGAUUUUACAAACUUAUAUGCAGAGCAAAAACCAAUGGAAGAACAGAGACAAAAUGUUUUCGAUGACAUUUUUAGAAAUGAACCACAGAACAAUUUCAAUACUCAAAAAGAAAGAAAAACAGCAGAAGAGAGUGUUUUAAAAAAAGAGUAUGAUUGGGUACCAUUUAGUCCAGAAUCUGCUAAUAAGGAAAAGUUCUUACCUUAUGUACAGCUAAAACAGCAAUGGGACGGUAUUUUAAGUCAAAACCGUUUGCAAAUGCAAGAAUUAAAUGUUCAAAAGGAAAACCAAAACAUGAACGGAACAAACACACAGAGAAAUGAAGCUAAACAAAUACAAUCAGAUGGUAAAAAUGAACAGAAAACUGAAGUUGAGAAACAAAUAGAAUCAAUAUUUAGGCAGCAACAAGCCUUCGAAGAUGAAAGACAAAAUGAACAAGCUAAAGCUGUCAAUCAAAGACCACCAAUAAUUAUCCACAAAGAGGUAAGUGUAACGAAACACCUUCCCGUGCCGGUUGUAAGAAAAUUCAAAGUUGCAGUUCCAACACCAGUCCUAGUUCCUGUUCCUGAGCCCUACGAGGUUAAAAUCCCACAUCCUUAUCCCGUACCUUUAGAAAUUGUCAAGCAUAUUCCUGUACCGGUAGUUAAACACUAUUAG